AUGGACGUCAAGCCUAGUCACACACCUAUGGACCCCGACUACCUGAAGUUUAGCGGGGAUCACGGCUUACUGCCGACCAACGAUCAGUACCGUCAAGCUGUCGGGGAGCUGCUGUACUUGAGCACAACUACGCGACCGGACAUUGCUUGUGCCAUCGGAAUUCUUUGUUGUCGCGUGAGUAAGCCACGCCAGCAAGACUGGAAUGCCGUGAAAAAGCUUUUAUGUUACUUGAAGUACACCAGAAGCUUAAAGCUGAAGCUCUCCGGGCAGCCAGGUAUGAAGCUGGAGUGCUACGUGGAUGCGGAUUGGGCAGGAGAUGUGUCGGACCGCAAAUCGACUAGCGGGUACUUCGCCCAGCUGGGAGGCAGUCCCGUCUCCUGGUCCACGAGGAAACAGAUGUCUGUAGCAUUGUCAUCUACAGAGGCCGAAUAUGUCGCAGCGGCACACGCGUCACAAGAAGUUUUGUGGCUUCGACAGCUCUUACAAGUUUUUGGUUAUGACCAACUUCAGCCGACCUGCCUUUACGAGGACAACCAAGGCUGCAUCAAGCUUGCACUUCGCGAGGGACACAGCGCGCGAACAAAACACAUUGACGUGCGACAUCAUCAUCUCAGAGAUUUGGUCCAACGCGGAGUCAUACACCUGCAAUACUGCGAAACAGCCAGGAUGGUCGCCGACGCAUUAACCAAACCCAUCCCGCGACCGCGACUACUGCUUCUGAGGGAGCACAUGGGUCCCUUUGAGCAUUAG